GUACAAGAACUGUAUAAAGUUCAGUGGAGGUAUUUGUCUUGUUCAGUUGGGAGGGCAGCAGCAUCCAGCUGGAGACCUUCAUAUCUUUGAGACACCAGCAUUCUUGUAACAUGUGUGUGAAAAGAUGUUUUCAGACACCCAUGAAGUGACCCUGCCCUGGUGUUUUCUGCAGAUGUGUUGUCUCUCAACAUGUGGUUCUGCUGAAUUUUGUAGUUUAGCAGCCAUGGCCUAUGACAGAUAUGUCGCUAUCUGUCGCCCUUUACACUAUAAUGUCAUAAUGAACACAAGACGAGUAGGUACCAUCACUGUUAUUGUAUGGAUGUAUUCAUUUGUUAAUAGUAUGUUCUCAUUUUCUUUCGUCAUUAGUUUGAAAUUUUGUGGAAAUGUCAUUGACAAAUUGUUUUGUGACCACUACAUAAUAAUUAAACUUGCAUGUUCAGUUUCAGUACUCAACAAAAUAUCUGACCUGCUUCAUACCUUUGUGACUAUUGUUAUCCCAUUUAGUCUCAUUUUAGUCUCUUACAUAAAGAUUCUGGCUGUUUGUCUUAACACCUCUGAAGAAAGUAGGCAAAAAGCUGUCGCCACCUGCACACCUCAGAUUUUCUCAGUUUCAGGCUUGUUUUUCGGCUUCAUUUUUCACUUUAUUAAUCCCAAGUUUAAUACGGCUCUGUUGUCAGAUAAAGUAAGCAUUUUCUUGUCACUGUGUUUUCUCAUCUACCAACCUAUGCUCACCCCAAUUUUGUAUGGAUUAAAUCUACCAAAGAUAAAACGAUCAUUGAAAAGAUUUCUGUUUGAUAGAAUAUAAAUCUUCUUCUUCAUGUUGCAAGAGU